AUGGACCUCCGCGCCGUCUGCGGCAGCUGGCGCUCCGCCACCGACGACCCCAAUGACAGCCCGGACGACCCUCGCUUCCGGCCCCGGCAGUGGGUCGUGCUCGACGACGACGUCUUCCGGAGAGAGGACACGCGCCUCCUGGUGAACACCCACACCGGCCGCUUCCUCCGCAAGGAGCUCCCUCUGCUCGCCGGCCACCGCUACGUCGCCACCACUCCCGGUGGAUUCUUCGUGCUGGCGGACUACGAUGACUAUUACGCCGCUCGCGUCCUCAACCCUUUCACAGGCCACAUGAUCCAUUUCAGGGCAACCGUGCCCUCCGACAUGGUGGAUGCUGCUGCUGUCAUCGGGUCGCCCCCCACCAUCAUCUUGCUCUGCGGCUCGGAUCGUAAGUGGUACAUGGCUAGCCCCGACAGUAGAAGUUUUGCUGUGUACCAAGAGGAGGACGCCUACCCGCUGAUCCGGCUGGCUGUCGCCGGUGGCAUGUAUGCCGACGGCGAGCAGAGACCGGUGCCGCCGCUGCCAGCUGCCGUGGCCGACAAGAUCUUUGAUCUGAUGAGGCUGUUCUCCGUUGAUCCAUCCGAGAUGUUCUGGUCUGAUGUUAUUGAGCAUGUUGCCGACGAUGCUCAUGCUCUUGAGAUUGGGCAUGCAAACAACAACCGCUGCUACCUGGUACAAUCCCUGGGAGAAGUGUUCAUCGUCUUCAAGCUGCAGCAUGGCAUGCAGGUUUUCAGGAUGGACGACUCUAACCGGGGUGUACUCGAGCCUGUGAAGAGCAUCGGUCACCACGCCAUCUUCGUCGGCUGCUGCAGGUGCCUGGCUGUUGAUGCCGAUAAGUUCCCAUCUGUUGAGGCCAAUUGCAUCUACCACCUAGUAGGUAUGAAUCUAUAA